AUGGACGAGUACCUGACGUCCUAUGAGGACAUCGACGUGCACGCACUCAUGCUGAAGGACCUGCCGCGGACCCGCGCGUACUGUGAUGCCAUUCAGCAGUGCGCCGGCCUCCUUGAGGGCAAAACGGUGCUCGACGUGGGGGCCGGCAGCGGCAUUCUCUCUCUGUUUGCCGCCCGUGCCGGAGCCAGGCGUGUGUAUGCCGUGGAGGCAAGCAACAUGGCCCACAUAGCCAAGGAGAUCGUGGCUGCCAACGGUCUGGGCGACGUGGUGGAGGUGAUCCAUACCGCAGUGGAGGAUGUCACUUUGCCCGUCGAUGCAGUGGAUGUCAUUGUGUCCGGUGAGGCAGUGCACUGAGCCACAGACACAAACACACGGACGGCUUGGGAGGCAAGAUCACAUGAGUGCAGGCAGGCCAUCCAUGAUCCAUCCAUCCCGUGGUGUUGGUCGUUGUUGGGGUGAUGGAUCGUACUUUCAGAGUGGAUGGGGUUCUAUCUGCUGCAUGAGUCGAUGCUCGACUCCGUCAUCUAUGCCCGAGAUCGAUGGCUCAGACCGGGCGGCCUGAUGCUUCCCUCGUCGGCCCGCCUACACAUCGCCAUGUGUGACCUCUCCGACUACUGGCGAGAAGAGUUUGAGUGGACGAGAGAUUUCUUUGGCUUUGAUAUGACGCCUUUGGUGCCCCAUCUGAAGGAGCGCCGCUUCCGUGAGCCGUUGAUCAUGUCUGUGGACGAGCGGUGUGUGUGGCGCGAGAGUGCGGCGACGGUGCUGCAGCUGGACAUGAGCAAGUGCUCUGCAAGUGAGCUGGAGGCCUUCCAGGUCGAGAGCAGGUUGACUGUGUGUCCUGGCGGCAAUAAUGAGGCCAGGAAGGUGCACGGCUUCCUGCUGUGGUUUGACGUGGGCUUCCCGUCAGUGUCUGACAAAGAGCAGCCCGUUGUGUUGUCCACUGCCCCGUGGCAGCCGCAGACUCACUGGAAACAGGCACGUUGGGUGAGGGGGUGGGGGGCGGGGGAUAGCAAGCAGGAGUGAUGCAUGGCAUGCACUGGCAGUCAGUCAUUGCAUCCUCUCUUGCUGUCUGUCUGGCUGUUUGGCUGUCUGGCUGUCUGUGUGUCAGGUGGUGAUUCCCUUGCCUGAGCCAAUGUCGGUGUGUGAGAUGGUUGCGGACGAGAGGGCAGGCGAGGGCGGCGCUUCGUGUGGCGCUGCUGGUGUGCGUGUGUCGAGUGCGCUGCGGUUUGUGCGUGAGGGGGGCUCGCGGAACUAUACCCUCGACCUCGAGAUCACCGAUGUGCAGGUGGUCAAGGGCACCGGGGAGUGA